GCCCCGACCCGGGCCCGGCCAUUUAUCGGGUUCGAAAUCAAAUUACGGUUGUCGACCGACUUGUUCUCGUCUUCUGUACAGUGGUUUGAGAACGUUGCCUUGCCUCGCGCUAAAUGCGAACUCUCUCUUUCGUCCCUCCUCCUCCUCCUCCUUCUUCCGCUUCCAUUGUAACAUCAUCGAUCCGAGCUCUGCGACUGGCGAUUCCGUUUCCGUCGUCUCCGUACUGCAAUCUCAGUCGCAAGCGCGAGGGCAAAGUGGAGGCCAGCACCCGAAUGGCCGAGAACGACGGGAAAGACGACGGUGUUGCCUCGAAGUCGAAGCUCGCUGCCCACGUCGAUCGAAUCAGGCAACGGUUCCAUGGGCAGUCGACUGAUGGUUGGGAGAAGUGCUGGGAGCAAGGAUUUACCCCAUGGGAUCUAGGACGACCGACCCCAAUAAUCCAGCAGCUUUACCGGAUGGGUGCUCUUCCAAAAGGCAGGGCUCUUAUUCCAGGAUGUGGCACUGGCUAUGAUGUGGUGUCUAUUGCAUGUCCUGAACGCUAUGUUGUGGGAAUAGACAUAUCAGAAAUCGCCAUAAAGAGAGCAAUACAGCUAUUCUCUUCAUCACCAAAUACAAAUCAUUUCAUCUUCCUGAAGGAGGAUUUCUUCACUUGGCAUCCAACCGAGCUCUUUGAUCUUAUUUUUGAUUAUACCAGGUUCUUUUGUGCGAUUGAGCCAAAAAUGAGAGUAGCAUGGGCAGAGCGAAUGAGUGGAUUAUUGAGACCAGAAGGCGAGCUGAUCACCCUGAUGUUUCCGAUCAGCGAUCACAUUGGUGGACCUCCUUAUAAAGUAUCAAUAUCAGAUUAUGAGGAAGUAUUGUGUCCCCUGGGCUUCAAGGCUAUCUCCAUAAUGGAUAAUGAACUGGCUGUUGGGCCCCGCAAGGGAAAGGAAAAGAUUGGAAGGUGGAAGAAGAUAAGAAGCAACUCUUCGCUGUGAUAUCUUACAACAUUCUCAAUCCCCCAUCUCGUUGUGCGUCAAUCAGAAACUACAAAGCAAGAAGUAGAAGUGGGGAGGCAAAUUUGCUUUCCCUCUUUCCCCUCAUUUCUCCUUCAGUCUAUGAAAAUUUUGGAACUUCUAUAUGAACAGAUACUCUGGACUUGAUCACCAAACAUGCCAACUGAUUCAUCUCGAAAUAUGAGCUGGCUGCGAGCUUGAUGGUGAGUAAGAAAAGCACUUUCCAAAGUUGUUUAAAAGAAGGAGCAAGACCUGAUUGUAUCCUCUAACUUCAAGACUUUUACAGUUCUACCUCG